AUGCAAGAAUUAUUAGAAGGUGAGAGAAAAUUAUAGUAAGAAAUAGACUUUUUAAAAAACGAAAAAGAUUAGAAGAUUAUAGAAUUUUAAAAAUAAAUUGACUUAGAAAGAGAAAACUCUAAAAACAAAAUAAAUGAAUUAAAAUAAAAAUACAAGGAAUCAGAAUAAAAAAGAAGUAAUUUAAUAUUUGAACACGAAAAAGAACGAUCAAAAUGGAAUUUAGAUAGAGAUUAUUUAUUACAAUAAAAAAAUGAAUGUUAAGAAUUAGUUGAUAAAUUAGAAAAAAAAAGAGAUAUAAUCUUAAGAGAAAACGAAAAACUUAAAAACGAUACUAGAGUAUCCCUAAAGCCCUUCUAUCAACAAAUCAGAAAAUGA